AUGAGUGAAGCUGUUACAAAUUCCCUUGAAAAGAAGUUGAGCGAAGUUCUUGAUCAUGAAGUGAGCUUAAAUGAAAACUAUUCAGGCAAACAAAAAAAGAGAAAAGCUUUGGAAAAUUCUUUACAUGACAUGUCUUUUGUAUGCUAA